ACUACCACCGCCAGCUGUUUUAAUUUGUUUUGUUGUUUUGGUGAUGAAUGCAAUUUCGGACGCGUUGUUGGCCUCCGUGGCCUCGUGUUUUUCGUGUGGCCGCCGUCAAAGUUUGACCAUCGAAGGUCACACAGUCGUCGUUCGCAAACGUCUGGCCGCCGGAGGCUUCAGUUUAAUUGAUUUGGUUGAGGAAGAGUCGACUGGUCGACUUUUGGCCCUGAAGCGAAUAUCGUGUCACGGCCCUCAGGACGAGGCGGCCGCCCUUCGAGAGGUCCAGGUGCACAAGCAGGUGCGCCACCCGCACCUGAUUGACCUUGUGGGCCAUCGGUUGCUGUCCCUCCGAGGAGCCCAGCUAGGACCUACAAGCGAACUGCAGCUGCUGCUGCCCUACUACCAACGGGGCUCCCUGGCCUACGAGUUGGAGCGGCGGCAGCAGGGUGGAAACCAUCUGAGCGAGAGUUUGCUGCUGGCGUUGUUCAAACAAGUUACAGAGGCCGUCCAGUGUCUUCACCAGGCUGGUCUCGCUCACAGGGACAUCAAACCCCACAAUGUCCUGCUCGACGACGACUUCAGUGCCAUAUUGAUGGACCUUGGCUCUGCCACGGCUGCUAAAGUACAGGUCUGUGGGAGUAGUGAUGCGUGCAGACUUCAGGACGAGGCAGCUGAAAAGAGCUCCAUGCCGUACAGAGCACCAGAAUUGUUCAAUGUCGAUUCCUACUGCACUGUAGACCAAAGGACUGACAUUUGGUCUCUCGGUUGCUUGAUCUAUGCAAUGGCAUUCUACAAAUCACCUUUCGACCCAGUCUACGAAAGAGGCGACUCCGUCGCUUUGGCUGUCCUCAGUGGUAAUAUUGAAAUACCAGAAAAUUCAACAUACUCCCAAGGGCUGCACGAACUGAUUCUCUCCAUGCUAAAAGUCAAUGCGUCCGAGCGGCCGUUUGUUGAGGACAUCCUCAAGAUUGUUUCACAGUUGGAAUUGGCCGCUCAAAGCCGCGUGUGAUAAUAAAUGUUUAAAAUUUAUAAAUUGUGACCAAUUUUAAUAUGAAAAAUAUUUAUUUGUGGAAUGGCUACGAUUGUUUCAUUUGUGUAAUUAUUGAAUUACAAAUAAUAAUAUCCUCUUGUUAAAUAAAUAUUUUUUAAGAUGUCAGCAAAGCAGAAAGCACAAAUGUUGAUUUCAUCGAGUCAUAUGUAAGGGUUUGAUAGUUUUAUUUUUAAACUUCAAGAUUAUUUUACAUGUCAUUUCAAUUUUUAUUAUUAAAAUUCAACAUUA